UCCGGCCGGUCGGCAGCACGCCCGCGCAGAACCUCCGGCACGCCUGCCCAGGACAGCCUGGCGGCAGAGCGUCCUGGGUGCCACUCCGCGUGUUCACCCCGGGGCCACAACCUAAGGUCGGGAGCUGUGCCCACAGUACCGUGAGCCCCUGCAGGAGCUGGAAUCCCAGCCAGGAUUCCCAGGCCCCACACUGGUCUGUGUGCAGGGGAGGGGUGCUGCUGUCAGAGUCGCCUGCAAGCCCAGCCCGGGUCCGGACCCGGCUCAGAGGGUGGUUCCUGAAAGGGUCCGGGGACCAGACCCCGGGGACUAGGCUGCAGGCCGGAGCGGCAGGGCCCGGCAGAGGCUGUUCCCCGUCCUGCUGGCGCAGGUCUCCCCUCCUCUACAGAACGGCCCAGAGGCGUGAGCGCGGAGCGAGGGAGGGCCUCUCCCUGCCCCCCUGGCCUGUGAGGCAGCCCUGCGAUGUUCCGUUCGUCUGCUCACUGAGCUCCCGCCGUGUCGGGAGCUGUCUGGGGAGGGUCCCCGGCAGGCACGGUCACUGCUGCCACAGGUGUCCAAGGAGGUCCAGGCCCGGGCUGGGGGGACCUGCCUGAGGGGCUGCUCAGGACAGCGGCUCCCAUGCCAGGCCCUCGGCUUCCUUCUGCGGAGGCAGAAGUGGCCACCAGACAGACCCUUCGGAGGGACCAGAGCACGUGCUGGAGACAGUGGACGCAGACCCCACCAAUUGGGCUGCAGCACCCCCACCCCAGCACAGGAAGGAGCCCCUGGGAGGGACCGCGGGGCCCGCCCCGGGCAGCGGGCGGCAGGGACGGACAAGAGAAUGUGCUGAGAGGACACUCAGAAACCUCCUCCCUCCCGGGGACAAAGUCCCCCUGCACCAGCGACCGGUGGGCAGCAAGCAGGGGGCCGGGAAGACCAGGCCUGACGGGGAGGGGCCGGCCCCAGCCGGGCAGCUCUUCCUCCCCACGUCCCAGGAGCAGGAAGGGGACUGACGCCGAUCAGAGGCACUGCACGAGCCAGGGGGCCGGUCAGGGCUCAGCGGGAGAGAGAACGGGAUGGGCCGAGCCUCCUGGCCAGGUGCCCCUCACUACCCACACAGCAGACCUAGACUUGGGCCUGGGCCUGUCCCUGCCCAAAAUCCAUGCCGAAUUCCCUCGCCUGCGCCCAGGACCCUCCUGCCACUCUGGACACAGUUGGCCUGGUGGACCAGAGGCUGAGAAAUGCAGUCCCCCCACCCCCUUUUGCCGCCACCUAAAGGUGUCCAGGAAACAGCUAGGUUCCUGGCCCUACCUGACCCGGACCCCUGCAGGGACCUCCGGUUCUGCCCCCAUGUUGGAAGACGGGGAUGUGGACCCCUGGGCCCUCCCUCAGCUGAAGGACGCUGGCCAGUCCUGGAGAGAGCUCAGCAUGGCCGGCAGGGCGCUCCAGGUGGCUGCUGGCUUCCUCAAGGCCUGUGGGCUCCUGGGAAGCCUCUACCUCUUCAUCUGCUCCCUGGACAUCCUCAGCUCUGCCUUCCAGCUGCUGGGCAGCAGGGCAGCUGAAGACAUCUUCAGGGACGACGUGGUGCUGUCCAACCCUGUGGCUGGACUGGUCAUCGGCGUGCUGGUCACGGUCCUCGUGCAGAGCUCCAGCACGUCCUCCUCCAUCGUGGUCAGCAUGGUGGCCGCCAAGCUGCUGACCGUCCGGGCAUCUGUGCCCGUCAUCAUGGGCGUCAACGUGGGCACAUCCAUCACCAGCACCCUGGUCUCGCUGGCACAGUCGGGGGAGCGGGACGAGUUUCGGAGGGCCUUCGGCGGCUCAGCCGUGCACGGAGUCUUCAACUGGCUCACGGCGCUGAUCCUGCUGCCGCUGGAGAGGGCUGCGGCCCCCCUGGAGAGGCUCAGCGCACUGGCCCUGGGCGCGGCCAGCCUGCAGCCCGGGGGGCGCGCGCCUGACAUCCUCAAGGUGCUGACACGGCCGCUCACACACCUCAUCGUGCAGCUGGACGCUGACGUCAUUAGGGGCAGCGGCACGGGCAACGCUACCAACGGCAGCCUCAUUAAGCGAUGGUGUGGCACCGAGGGGCAGACGGCUGCAGGCAACAGCAGCAACUGUGGAGCGGCCGCUGGGGGCCCCUGCCCUGAGAGGAACAGCCCUGCCGCCCAGGGGCAGCUGCCCUGCCGCCACCUGUUCGAGGGCACGGCGCUCGCGGACCUGGCCGUGGGCUUCAUCCUGCUGGCCGCCUCCCUGCUUGUGCUCUGCACCUGCCUCGUCCUCCUCGUCAAGCUGCUCAACUCCACUCUGCGAGGCCACGUCGCCCAGGCCGUGAGGACCGUCGUCAACGCCGACCUCCCCUUCCCAUUCGGCUGGCUCAGCGGCUACCUGGCCAUCCUCACGGGGGCCGGCCUGACCUUCGCGCUCCAGAGCAGCAGCGUCUUCACCGCAGCCAUCGUGCCGCUCGUGGGGGUCCGGGUGAUCAGCCUGGAGCGGGCGUACCCCCUCUUCCUGGGCUCCAACGUUGGCACCACCACCACGGCCCUGCUGGCUGCCCUGGCCGGCCCUUCGCAUAUGCUGAUCAGCGCCGUCCAGAACCUCCCAGUGCAGGGCCCUGAUCCACCCCCUCCAGGAAACCCUGCGGACUGCACCCACCACACUGACUCCUCGACUUCUUCAGCGACCCCUGGAGGGAGUUGUGUUCCCUCCACGUGUGGCCCUGCAACUCCUCCUCACAGGAGCCAGGCCAGAGCCCAGGGCUGGGUGGCCAAACCCGCUCGGGGAUGACAUGAGCAGGGUCACCGUGGACGACGCGUUGGCAAGCUAAGCCAGCUCAGGGGAAGGUCGAAUCCACGGGGUCAUCAUAGAUUGCGGUUACCCCGUGGAGAUGCCGUACUAGGGGCCCAACCCUCAAAGUGUUGGGGGGUGCAGGAAGAGCGAGCCCAACACAGCUGGCCAGAAUUUGCCCUCCCAGGCCGCCGUCUCGGCUAACAAGCAGGACCCCAAACUGCCUUUGGGCUUAGUGCCCUUUCUGCCAAGAAAGGGAGGGGCAGGCGUCCUGGGGAGCCCAGGGGACCCCGUACCACAGAGCCCAGGCUCCUGAACCCUGCCUGCCCUCCCUCCCUCCAGGUCGCCCUCAUCCACUUCUUCUUCAACCUGGCUGGCAUCCUGUUGUGGUACGUGGUGCCCAUCCUCCGGCUGCCCAUCCCACUGGCCAAGCGCUUUGGGGACCUGACUGCCCGCUACCGCUGGGUGGCCAUCGCCUACCU